UCGAUAUGCAACAGGCCAUUGACUUUUCAGAUGUACGUCCGUGCGGAUUGGUCCAUGCAAGAGAUACAUUUGUUGACUGAUAAAUGGAAGACACAUUUCUCCCUGUCGACGUCCAUCCCACCCUUAUUCAGACUAACUUCUCCGUCAUGCUCUAGAGUGCCCGAUUGAGGCACACAAGCGGAUACCCCUGAUGGGCGCACUCGGCAGGCCGCUGGACAUGUGCUGGCGAGUACCCAUGAGCCGCCUGCCACCGCCUCACCGCAGGAAGGCGCCGCACAUCGCCGCCAGUGGAGGCCGCCUGGCAUACUUCGAUAAGGGUAGAGCGCAGCGCAGAGCCCUGGAGACAGGCAGAAGCCGCCUACAAAGGCGAAGGUCUGCCUGUCUGCCUCACCUCAUCAAGUUCAUGAUCCGUUUCUCUAUGAAGGAAGGGCCGGAUGGGAAGCACAUUAGAAGGAGAGCACCGACCAUUGCUGGGCCUGAUGGAAAGAGAGAGGACACAUUCAGACCCACGAUGACUCUGGUCAGUCACGGCUCACUUGUCGUCCAAGAGCAGCACUCGCCUGAGGUCAGGGAACAGAUUAGCCAGGUCCUUGCUGUGGGUGGUCGUCAAAUCCACCGUGCGAUGGUCGUACCUGUCCAUAAGAAUGUGACGAGAAAGCGUUUUGCACCGAUCCCCCUGUGUACCUUGCUUUGAAGACCCUCCCGCCGCAGUGCUCCUCAAGUCUAUCCAGGAUAGGGCGGCUCCAUGAGUAAGGCGAAUUCGUCCAUAGCACGACGUGCAGCGGGACGCUAUUGUUCAGCCACCUCAGGAAGCUAACCACAGACGGGCGAAGAUAUACCUGCAUGGCAGCAGCCGCCGGUGCAUGUGCGAAUGCGUGUUCUUUAUCUUCCUGCUUAUGUACCGUGUUGCGCUUGUCAGGAGAGAACAUCUCUCCUUCGUACUGAGUGUAGAAACCCGUUUCUUUUGGCCCGAUAGGCAGCGUUUCGUUAGCAAAGCCACAAAUCAGGGUGUGGUCCUGCACACACAAACAGACGGGUGCUUUGGCCAGCCGGGUGCGAGUCCUCUUUCACGCAUAGCGUCCCCACUCUGGUAGCGUCCAUACCAGGUCCAGCACAAGUGUGAGCGCCUUCGAGGGCGUUUUCUCGUGGCUGAAGUGGAGUGCAUCUAGCUUCCGAUGCGGAAGCAGUGCUGCAGCACCAAGAGCAGCGAGAAGGGCAGUCGCCGUCAUUUUGAUCAUGGUUUCCG